CGUGCCAGCCGAGUCGUGCGGGCUGUGGCAGGGAAGGGGCCACCAUGGGAUGUACUCUGAGCGCAGAGGAGAGAGCCGCCCUCGAGCGGAGCAAGGCGAUUGAGAAAAACCUCAAAGAAGAUGGCAUCAGCGCCGCCAAAGACGUGAAAUUACUCCUGCUGGGGGCUGGAGAAUCAGGAAAAAGCACCAUUGUGAAGCAAAUGAAGAUCAUCCAUGAAGAUGGCUUCUCUGGAGAAGACGUAAAGCAGUACAAGCCUGUUGUCUACAGCAACACCAUCCAGUCUCUGGCAGCCAUUGUCCGGGCCAUGGAUACUUUGGGCGUGGAGUAUGGUGAUAAGGAGAGAAAGGCAGACUCCAAGAUGGUGUGUGAUGUGGUGAGCCGUAUGGAAGACACUGAACCCUUCUCUGCAGAACUGCUUUCUGCCAUGAUGCGACUCUGGGGUGACUCAGGGAUCCAGGAGUGCUUCAACCGAUCUCGGGAGUAUCAGCUCAACGAUUCUGCCAAAUACUACCUGGACAGCCUGGAUCGGAUUGGAGCCGCUGACUACCAGCCCACUGAGCAGGACAUCCUCCGAACCAGGGUCAAAACCACCGGCAUCGUAGAAACCCACUUCACAUUCAAGAACCUCCACUUCAGGCUGUUUGACGUUGGGGGCCAGCGAUCUGAACGCAAGAAGUGGAUCCACUGCUUCGAGGAUGUCACGGCCAUCAUCUUCUGUGUCGCACUCAGCGGCUAUGACCAGGUGCUCCACGAGGACGAAACCACGAACCGCAUGCAUGAAUCCCUGAAGCUUUUUGACAGCAUUUGCAACAACAAGUGGUUCACAGACACAUCCAUCAUCCUGUUUCUCAACAAGAAGGACAUAUUUGAGGAGAAGAUCACGAAGUCCCCAUUGACCAUCUGCUUUCCUGAAUACACAGGCCCCAGUGCCUUCCCAGAAGCUGUGGCUCACAUCCAGGGGCAGUAUGAGAGUAAGAAUAAAUCAGCUCACAAGGAAAUCUACACCCAUGUCACCUGUGCCACGGACACCAACAACAUCCAGUUUGUCUUUGAUGCUGUGACGGACGUCAUCAUCGCCAAAAAUCUGCGGGGCUGUGGACUCUACUGAGCCCUGGCCUCCUGCCCAGCCUGCUGCUCACUUCUCCCCUGGUCCAGAGCUCUGCCACCACUAGGAUGCUCUGUGCACUGAAGAAAAUCCCAGAGGCUGUCCCUGGGGGAGGAGGCGGCAUCCUUUGAGCAGCCCCACCCUACCCCACUCUGGCUGCAUGACACAUGGGAACAGGGUUGGGCAGAGGUGUGGAGCACCACGCACAAGGCCAGGAAAUGCUUCCCACCACCUGGAUGUUGCUCGCCGGCCAACCAUGUCUCUUUAGGUGUUUUACUCUGAGCCUGAGUGAGCAACGCUGCCAUCUGGUUCAGAAUGGUCAUUUCCUGUCCUGUAUCUGUGCCUCCUAUUCAAAGUCCUGUGUCUCUUUUUCACCUAGGUGAUAGGGUGGCUUGCAGGAUGGCCCUGUGACAGGUGCUGGCUGAUACGGGGACAGUAGAUGCCAUCUCUCAGCUUUCCUUAGGGUCUGUUUGGUAGAGGGCAGUUCUGUCGCCAAACACCAACACAUAAUCAAGCCACUUUUGGGGUGCAAAGACUCAGACGUUGGGGAGGGCUUUCCUCAUUCACCUUGGAUCUUGGCCCUUCUCUGCCUUGCCCUUAGAAUCCCCAGAAAACUCAGCCCUGACUCCCAUGAACCUGGGAUUAUUCCUUAAGACUGGGCAGUUACAAAAGAGCCUUGGUGGGGAAACAACACCUGUGCCCUAGAAGUUAGGGUGGGGAGGAGAAUGGAGGGGGCAGGCAGCUCUUUCCUGCACAGGUUGAUUUAAGUCCUGAAAGAGCUAUCUGCUGGUUCUGCUCAUACAGGCUCAGCUGCCCUUUUCUUCAAGUCUCAGCCAGAGUAAGCAAGCUUGGGACUGGAAGCUCUUCAGGCAAGCACAGGAGACUGAGCCCUGAAGCCAGUGUCCUGCUUUUCUCCACCUUGGUCAGGAAGGCAGGAAACC